AUGCAGAUGCCCCGAGGCCAAGGUGGGUGGAUCUGCGGUCCCAAGGUCCGGGAGAGCCUGGAGGUCUGGCUCCUCCCCCAGAGGAUGCCCACGUGCCCCGUGAGAGGGCAGCUGGAGCCUGUCGGCACGGCCAGCGUGAGCCGGGCUGCCGAGAACCCUUGGCAGGAGUCCUUCGCUCCAAGACUGGCGUCCUUGGUGCUGAACGGCCUGCGUACUGCGGCAGCGGCUGGGAAAGCCCCGCCCGGCUCCCCUCGGUGGCGGAACAAAGGCUACCGUUGCAUCGGAGGCAUCCUCUACAAGGUGUCGGCCAACAAGCUCUCCAAGACCUAUGGCCGGCCCGGCGGCGACGGGGGCAGCAGGCCCCUCCUGCGCGCAGGCCGCUUGGACCCUGCCAGUAGCUGCAGCCGCUCCCUGGCCAGCCGGGCCGUGCAGCGCAGCCUGGCCAUCGUGCGGCAGGCGCGGCAGAGGCGGCGGCGGAGGAAGGAGGAGUAUUGCAUGUACUACAACCGCUUCGGCAGGUGCAACCGCGGCGAGCACUGCCCCUACAUCCACGACCCCGAGAAGGUGGCCGUGUGCACCAGGUUUGUUCGGGGCACGUGCAAGAAAACGGACGGGACCUGCCCCUUCUCCCACCACGUCUCCAAGGAGAAGAUGCCCGUGUGCUCCUACUUCCUGAAAGGGAUCUGCAGCAACAGCAACUGUCCCUACAGCCACGUCUACGUAUCCCGAAAGGCGGAGGUCUGCACCGACUUCCUCAAAGGCUACUGCCCGCUGGGUGCGAAGUGCAAGAAGAAGCACACGCUGCUGUGUCCUGACUUCUCCCGCAGGGGCGUCUGCCCCCGGGGCGCCCAGUGCCAGCUGCUCCACCGCAACCAGAGGCACCUCGGCCGGCGGGCAGCCACAGCCCCGGCCCCGGAGCCCAACACCACGCCCCCCAGGAGCAGGGCUUCCACCGGCCACGGGCCCAGGAAGUCCUUGGCCGCCCAGCGACCCACCAGGCAGACGUCCAGCUGCCCCACCCCCGCGGCAGCCGGCUCGGCCUCCCCCCCACCCUCCCCACGGCUCUUAGCUGCAGCCUCAGCCUCUUCCUCCUCUGUCGCCUCCCGCUCCUCCUCCUCGCCCCCGUCCUCCCCCUCCCGCCCCUCCCCCUCCGCCUCUCUGCCCCUGGACCAGGAGGAGCUGUCUCUGCCGGAGGAGGCUGCCUCGGCGGGGACGGGCUCCGGCAGCCUCUGCAAGCUGCCCUCCUUCAUCUCCCUGCAGUCCCCGCCAAGCCCGGGAGGCCAGCCCAGGGCCCCGACCCCCAGGAGCAGCCCCACCAAGGACUCAGGGAAAUCGCUGCACAUCAAACCCCGCCUGUGAGAGCCCAGGGAGCCGGCCCACGCCUACCUCAGCCCUUCAUCCCUGGAGAGGAAGGAGGCUCUGCCCGCCACUGCCCCAGAGGAGGGACCACUUGCCACAAAGCACCCCCGGGGGCUGCAGGGCCGUCACUCUGCGCGCCUGGCUCUCAGCCCUGUGUGAUCAGUGCCCGGGCCUCGCCUCCCUCGGGCUGGGCUCCACCCACCCACCCGCCCCUGGGUCCCCAGCCUUGCCCCGAGGGGUGCCCAGCAGGGCUCACCCCCAGGCCCGUCCCCACUGUGGGUGUGGCAGCAGCCAUGCAAUGCGCGCCCCCCCCCCCCCCCCCCCCCCCCCCCCCCCC